AUAACUGUAUUUUUCUUUGUUGCGUGUGCCCGUGAAUACUGCUCUCCACGCUCUUGACAACGCUGCUGCACCAGACUCGCGACCUGACAUCUCUAAGGGGCCAACUCUGCUGUUCCUAACUCUUAAAAGAUUAAGACUGCUCUUGUCCUGGAUGAAGAUGACAUUAGCUCUACUGUUAAGGCCUUUAAUCCCAUAUGGCAUGUUGCCCUGAUGAAACCAAAUGGUGAGCAAAGCAUAAGCCAACCCUCCAUUGUCCAGUAGUACUUUCUUCACUAAAUUUUACUAGCUAGUAGUUGGGUUUGUCUUAUCAAGAGGGGAUAGAUAGCUCCCUGUCGAUACAGAUGGCCCAUCAUCGUACUCCCUCUGCCGCUCUUCUUGUCUUGAUCACAAUAAACUUUUAGCCGGCUAUCUUAAGGAUGCACUAAUUUUUUUAACCUAUUUUUAAACUACAAUAUCAUCGAGUAACGUUUGUGAGUUGUGACUUAUUUGGCUAUAAAAGUGAACAGCCAAGGCAACAAUUUCUGGUCAAGAUAUCUUGUAGCUCCAUCUUCCAGCUAGCUUUAGCUCUUCCAUUUCCUCUUGGCGUUUCUUGUAAAAGCACUCUAUCCUCCUCCAUUAUGAGGUCAUGGAGUGUGCGCUUAAUGCUGCUCCUCACUCUGCUGGGAACAGAGCUGGCAGGCCUCUGCCAUGGCCGGAUAAUUCCGAGCUUAGAGGUCAUCCAGGUGCAUGAAGAAGAAGCUGAGUUGCCGUUGCCGUCGCCGUCGCCGCCGAGCAAGGGCUACGGCGUCUUGACGAUGGCGGAGAAGGCGCCGCCCGGCGAUGCUCCCCGUCGCCAUUACUACAGUAGCAGGCGUGUGCAGGAGGAGGAUCAUGGCGUGUCUGCGUCCAAGCGUGUGGUGCCGGAGGGGCCAAACCCACUGCACAACUGAGGCAGCAGAUGAAGGCCGAGGCGUUUGUCACCUGCAGAAUUAAUCAGCGGA